AUGGGAGGAGCCGGAGCCGCCGCCGCGAUGGCUCAGGAGAAGAUGGAGCUGGACCUGGAGCUGCCGCCGGGGAGCGCCGCGGCCCCGGGCGACGGCGGCGGCCUGAGGCGGUCGAACAGCGCCCCGCUCAUCCACGGGCUCAGCGAUAACUCCCAGGUGUUCCAGGCCAGCGUGCUGCGCACCCGCAGGAACAGCACCACGGUUAUGAAUCGGCACAGCCUGUUUGUGCCAUCAUCUCCUAUCCGUAUUCCUAGCAGCCGUCUUCAUCAAAUCAAACAAGAAGAAGGAAUGAAUUUGCUGAACAGGGAAACCGUUCAUGAAAGAGAAGUGCAAGUAGCAAUGCAGAUGAGCCACUCAUGGGAGGAGAGCUUGAGCCUGAGUGACAAUGAUUUUGAAAAAUCACUAUCACCAAAGCAAGUAGACUUUGUUCCAGUUUCUCCAGCUCCUUCGCCUACACGAGGAAUAGGGAAGCAAUGUUUCUCACCAUCUUUGCAAAGUCUGGUGAGCAGCAGUGGGUUGCCUCCAAGUCCCAGCCCAAGUCCAACAAGGAGAUUUUCAAGCAGAAGAAGCCAGAGCCCAAUUAACUGCAUUCGACCAAGUGUUCUUGGAUCAAUCAAAAGAAAAGGUGUGACAGAGAUGGAAGAUCACCCAAAAAGAUUAUUCCAAGGAUCCAGCAACAUGCUAACCCCUGAGGCUGCACAUCAGGUGGACCUUGGGGCAUGUGUGUCCUCACACGCCCUGGAUGACAACAGGAGCAGUGCAGGCUCCUCCUGUGACUCCCCAGCUGAAGCUGGCACCAGCACAGACUCCCCAGUGUCACUCUCUGACUCCAGAUCACCGUUUUUGCCAGUGGAUCUCAUGGCCAAGUUACCGAUGAACUGAGGAGCAGG